GAAGCCUUUUUACUUUCUUAUUUGUAAGUGCCCGUCUAGCUGUUGGGUUAAAACUCGCAGUUCCUGGGCUGUGCCGCUUUCGUCCUUCUUUUUUUUUUUUCUUCUCAUAUUUCUAUGUGAGCAACACGUGUUUUUCAUUUACAGACCACCUUUUUUUUCUUCUUUUUUUUUCCACUGUAGAGGAAACCAGAGAGCAGUUCCUGCCUUUUUUCCUGACAUGUCAUUCCACCGGAUGCUGCAAAUGGAUCAUAAAGUCUGAGUCACAUGUCCCGCCUCAGGACACUUCCACAGCCCCAGCCGACAUUCCUGUAAAACCAAACUCACGGCUCUGCCGCGUAAUUCUCAGCAAAGACACCCGACAUCCCACCAUGGCAGCUGUAGCGCUCGUCACAGAGAACUUUAAGUUUGUGUCGCUCUUCUUCAAGAGCAAAGAUGUGAUGAUCUUCAACGGUCUGAUUGCUCUGGGCACCGUGGCCAGCCAGACUGCAUACAACGUUUUCGCCUUCGAAUGUCCUUGUUCGUCUGGGAGGAACUACCUCUACGGCCUGGCGACCAUCGGCGCUCCGGCGCUGGCAUUUUUCCUUGUGGGAAUAAUGAUGAACAACAGCCUUUGGGACCUGGUGUCUGAGUGUCGGCUCAGAAGGUGCCGGAAGCUGUCGGGGGCCUCUGCCUUUGCGCUGCUGGGAACCAUCGUCGGUCGAGGUAUGGUGGCUCCUAUAACGUGGGUAGUUUUCUCAUUGCUGCAGGGCCAGGCGUACAUGUGUGCCUUCAGCGAGUUCGUGGACCCCGGCACGCUGGAGGGCUUCCCCUCGGGUCAAGGGCGGAAGGUCAUGGCGAAAUUCCCGUGUCAGGACAGCGUUCCAACAGAGCUGCGAAGCUUCUGGGCCGAAGUUGAGCGACGACUGAAAUUUGAAUCUCAGCUGAUAGGCUGGCUGCUGGUGGCAGUAAUGUCAGUGACGGUGUUCCUGAUCCUGUGCUUGAAGCGCUGCUCCUCUCCACUCGGCUACCAGCAGGAGAACUACUGGUCCCAGUACCGCUCGAACGAAAAGACCCUCUUCCAGCGCACGGCGGCUGUCCACGCCCGCCUGCUGGCCGCGGAGAACGUUAAGACCUUCUUUGGCUUUGUGGACCUGGCGACGGACGAGAAGGAGCAGCUGGCUGAGCACCAGAGUGCCGGUCCCAUCUGCAGCACCAACUGGAACAGGGUGACUGGCGUUUACCUCUACAGGGAGAAUAAAGGACUGCCUCUGUACAGCAGGCUCAACAAAUGGGCCACGUACAGCUUGGAGAACAAUGUGGAGGCCAUGGAGAAGGAGAUGGACGUGCUCAGCUGAACGGAUCCUUCUGGACACAGCAUAAAGGCGUCAGUACACUUCAAACUGAGUGGGUCAUCAAAUAGCAACUACGGUGCAAUCCCCUCUCCUUCGUCUCCUUUCCGACUCCAUAACUUUCUCUGACAAUUGCAGUAACUUUUCCGAAAACUGUUUCAAUGAUACCUCAUGAGACCCGUUUAGUUUGAAGCAUGCCGAGCCCUUUAGUUCAUUAUCAAUACAACUUGUUAAUCCUCGGCUAUGGAGGGCGGGUUCCACAAAGGCAUGGGAGAACGCUACCACUCGUAAAACGUAGUCUGCUUGGUCACAUAUACACAUAUGUGUUUGUAUAUGUUUGUUUUGUGCCACUCAAAAUUCUCGGAAAAAAGUACCCUUUUGAUUUACGGUGUUUCAGUGUGACCCAAAAAUAUGAAAUUAUAUAAAACGAAUACAAACAUAGAGCGCACUUCGGUACGUUUACCUACGGUAUUAACAUGUGGUCUGUGUCUUGAUAUGCACACCGUGUGUGUUGACAAGACCGCCUGCUCGACCUAAUUUGCUAAUCAAAUUUGAUCACAACACAGGUUGAAACGACCAGGUAUAAAUAUGGUGCUAGAUAAAGGAUUUGACUGGAAUCAAGUACAGAUUCCUCAUUGAAAAGGUUACGUUUGCAAUGUUCCUUUUAAAAGUUAAGUUCCUUCAUUAAUAAAGUCAAAAUCAAUACGUUUGGCAGUAUACUGUUUCUAUGGGCUGCAUCUCUUCUCCAGUCCAGACAUCUCUAUAGAUGUGACAUUGAAUGUGGUCCUGAUUAAGUCACCUCGUCAUUUUUUAUGGGUUAUGUGACGUUCAUGACUCAAACAUCUGCUGUGGAGUCCUUUUUUUUUAGACUUUUUCAUCUCUUUCAUUACUGUGAUUACAAUCAAGCGUGGUCUCUUGUCAUGCGAUCCCCAACAUCGAACUUGGGAUGGUCCCUGUGUUUCUCUUCGGGCUCUUUACACAAAUGUCUAAAUGAUUGUCUAAAUGAUUUUUUAAAUAUAUAUGCGGUGGAAACGUAUCAUAGUGUUCUGUUUAACUUAUAUUGCUGAAGUCUGAAUAGACACGGCACAUCUUGACCUCGUCAAUAUUAAAGUUUAUCUUAUUAUUGUUUUAUGUUCAGGGUGCUAUUUUGUCUUUCUCUCACACCCCCUUACUCGACAGGGCCGCAGACAAACCACCUCCCACAGGCAUGCACCAAGGCCUCGGUGCAUGAGGGGAGGAAGGAGGAGCAGGGGGGAAGGGCAAACAUGAUUGAAUGUGUAUAAAAAACUCUGUUGAACUAUUUUUCUGGUGCAGACCUCCUAACCAUCUGUGUCCAUUCAAUUGAAUUAUUUUCACGUAUCUGUUUAAUAAAUGCUUAAAGACA